AUGCAGGCUCCUCUGCAGCAGGCAUCAAGGGCGAACCGGGAGAACCUGGACGGAGCGGACAGAAGGGAGAGCCAGGACUUCCAGGGCUGCCUGGACUCCCAGGGAUAAAGGGUGAGCCAGGAUUCCUCGGCCCCCAGGGAGAACCAGGACUUCCAGGACUCCCAGGAACUAAAGGCGAGAAAGGUGACCACGGACCAGCAGGAAAGGGUGAUCGAGGAGAAAUCGGACCUGCUGGGCCAAAGGGUUCACAAGGAGAAUCUGGUAUGCCUGGACCUAAAGGGUCAAAGGGGGAUACUGGAGAUAAAGGAGAUUUGGGAUCUAUUGGCCCAAGAGGUCCUCCUGGGCAGAAAGGAGACAGAGGAGCCACUGAAAUCAUCGACUACAAUGGAAACAUCGAAGAAGCUCUGCAGAGGAUUACCACUAUUACAGUCACGGGUCCUCCUGGGCCACCCGGACCAAUAGGACCACCAGGCUUUAAGGGAGAUCGCGGUCUCCCUGGUCUUCCUGGACUCGACGGGGAGAGAGGUUUUAAAGGUUCCAAGGGAGACAUGGGAAUGCCCGGAGCGUCGGGGGAGAAAGGAAGCACUGGUUUACCUGGCUUACCUGGCGUUAACGGAGCAAAAGGAGACAAAGGAGAUCCAGGACUUCCAGGUCCACAAGGUCCAUCUAUAACUGGCCCUCCGGGGCCACCGGGACCCCACGGGCCCUCGGGACCCAUGGGACCCCAUGGCUUCCCGGGGCCUAAGGGAGAACCUGGUUUGCACGGACUGAAGGGCAUGAGAGGGGAACCGGGACACAAAGGAGAUCGUGGCCACAUGGGUCUCCCUGGAGCCUCCGGCUUGGACGGCAAGCCCGGAAUUAGGGGCACAGACGGGCCUCCGGGUCCAGCUGGUCCGGCCGGGCCGAAGGGUGACAUUGGUGAGAAAGGCGCACCAGGUGAGCCGGGACCUCGAGGACCUUAUGGACUACCUGGAGCCGCCGGAACGCCUGGUUUGGAUGGGUUACCUGGAUUAAAAGGAGAUAAAGGCGACGAUGGGGGGAGAGGAGAAAAGGGGGAGAAGGGAAAGAAGGGCAAAAAAGGGCCUAAGGGCGAGAAAGGAGAACAGGGUGCCCCAGGAUUAGAUGCACCCUGCCCAUUGGGUCCGGAUGGGUUACCAAUGCCUGGAUGCUGGCAGAAGUGAUCACUCUAACCCGAAACGCAUGGAGUUUGUAAAUAAUGCUUCUUUUAUGGUAUUUAUAGUUUUUUAAUGGAAAAAAAAAAGAGUCAAAAAGAAACAAGUCUAUGUGUGCAACAAUGCAAAAGGAAAAAAAAAAGAAAAGAUAACCGUCCGUAAGCUGCUUCUACUCACAUCGCUGUGUGGAAACAAAAACACGUGUGUGCGUCCCGCUGUCUCACAUCUGCUUCGUGAUGGAGUUCAGAUCCUCGGCUGCCGGCAGAACUCGCGUCUUUAGGUUUUUUGCAUGGCUCGGACUGGAGCGUGGCACUCCCGCCAGAUCCUGAGGGUUGGAAGGAGUGAGACGAGAAGAAGUGUGGAGUUGGGAAGUGGAGGAAAUGGGAUCUGGAUUGGCUUCUUAACACAAAACGCUAAGUGUCGUGUGCUGUUUUGUCUCCAUGAGCUCACCAACUAUUCAUGCGGCACCAUUCGCUCAAAGACUAAACAGGAAAAAAAAAAAACGUACGAAAAGGGAAAAAAAAGACUGCACUGAGCUGACUGAACAUUGCUUCCCCCCCCCCCAGCCCACCAUCCCUUGAAAAAGCAUGAGUAGUGUACUAUAUUUAAAUGUAAUGUACAUACAUGUCACUGUUAUGUGAUUCUUUUGUAAUUUGUGUGGGGAAAAAAAAAAAAAAAUCUGAAAAAUCAGAAGGCCCAAAGCUCUGAAAUGGUAACUUUUUCUUUCCUUUUAAUCUUCUUAAGGGAGUCACACCAUGGCUUGUAGCCUGAGUACCCUCCUUCCCCUUCUGAGAGUAAAGGUGUCAGUACAUUUUUUAUUUUUUAUUUUUGCUUUAUUUGUGGCGAGGCCUGCCAAGCGAACAGUCUCGUCGGGCUUUUGCUGUUGCACUCAUGGGGCUCGACGUCGUCGGUGCGGCGCUUCCUCAGGGUCGCGUAUCUCCUGGACAAGAGUCUCGGCGAGAGUCUCUGCACUGGCAGGAAAACCAAUCAGCCUCGCGCAGUUUGGAUUGGAGCCUGGUCAGGCGUGCUUGGUGAGCACGGGAAUGGAAAUGGAUUCUGCAGGAGAGAGAGCCGCUCGUCGUCCUCCCUGCGAGACGAAACGGGAGACGCUUCGAGAUCUUCUGAGAACGUUGAUAGAAUGCAGUUGUGAUGUUUUUCUUUACUCAUUUUCUUUUAUUAUUUUACUCUUUUUUUUUACACAUUUGUAUUUUCUGUAAUAUAGCCUUUGGUGCCUCAAGCUUUUAUUCAUUCCUUUAUCGAAAGAGUUUAUACUUUAUUUUUAGCCAUUUGAGUGGUGUUUAUUUCAAAAUGAAGGAGACAUUAUGUUUGGGGAGGACUGAAAAGACGUUGCGCACUGUUUUUGUUUUUUGUUUCGAUUUGUUUCGUCUUCACCGAGAAUAACUCCAUCUGAUUAUUCAGUAAGUUGGCAUUGAUUUCAACCGUAUAUCUGCUAAAGCUGCUUAGUGUUUGCAUAAGACAUUGCGGCAGUGGAUGGAAGUAGCUGAAAGUCUCACUUUUCUACCUGGUUUACUCGUGAGGCUGAACUGCGCCACAGCAAUGCAGCUGCCAAAACGUUAUUCCAUGGACGUCUCCUCUCACACAACUCAAAUUCUUCAAGUUUAUAAGUUACUCCUGGUAUUGAAAACUUGCUUGCAAAUAUGCUGAAGUUGCAGGAGAUCUCGUGUACAGUGUGGUCAAGUUUUCUGCAUGAACACCGUUUAGAAAAUGUAGAUUUAAAAAGAUCAUUUUUUGAUGGAGUGUAUCCAAAGGCUAUUUAAGUUGAUUUAAGGUCUAAAGUAGAAAAGGUUAUCGUCAACAUAAUAGUCUAUAGCAAGCUUCUUUACACCUAUACAUCUUCUAUAUUGUCUUACAUACUGUAUAUGGUGACAAUAUAUAUAUUGAAGUACAGGACAUUAAUCACCUUCCACCAACACCAGUCUGGCCAGUUGUAUCACAUUCCUCAUCACAUGGAACAAACAUUAUCAGAAUUUAGGAUUGAUAUUUAUUUGAUAACACAAGUCCAUUUACCUUUUCAUAUUUCCAGCAUUAAAAUUAGUUAUUUUGACAACGUAGGUGCUAUGCAAGGUAAUAGUUUUUUUUUUUGUUCAAAAACGUUAAAAGCCCUUUUCGUAUUAUUACAUUUUGAGUUGUAACAAUUAAAAUCUUUAAUAAAUUUCAUUGGGGUUUGUUGUAAUUGAUCAGAGCAAAGUAGUGCAUAAAUGUGAAGUGGAAGGUAAAAUGGUUUUCCUUGGGUUUUUUUUUUUUUUUUGGAGGUAAAAGCCUGAAAAGUGUGGAUUGCACAUGUAUUUGGGACCCUAAUUGAAUUUUUUUUGUUGAGCAAUCCUUCUUCAAACAUAAUGACAUCUAGAAUAGAGCUGCACAAUAUAAAAAAAAAAAAGCCUGAUUGUUAUUUUCAGAAUAGCAUAGAGAUUAAAUUAACAGAGCAAAACCAGCUAAAUACAUGUGCACGUCGCACGGCACACUUUCAAAGUACUGAUUUGGAAAAAGCAAACGUAGAAUACCAUGUGUCACGUAGCCACUUAAACGUUAUGCACUGCCUUUGUGUUGAUUUAUUAGAAAAUAUGUUUAAUCCCAAAACUAUUGAAGUUUGACAAGAUGUGAAAGAGUUCCAGGGGUGUACAAACAUUUGCAAGGCACUGUACAGUCAGAUCUUAAUCAUUUACUGUAGGAGCAGAUGUGAUAAUGGCAGGUCGAUCUGUGAGGAUGUUUCUGUUUAACUGUUCAUCUCAUCAUGAUGAAGAGUGGAUGCACAUCUGUACAAACCAGUUAUUUUUUAACCAUACCAGCAGCUACAGCUAAAAAAAAAAAUAAACUGAUUUCUUUACAGCUGUUGGGGGUUUAUGUAUGUCUAAAAUAGGAGUUUUUUUUUUAACAUUUAUUUGUGUAUUUGUUUCAGUAUUCUAAGUGGUGCAUUAUUUAUUUUUCUACAGUUUUCUUUUUGUAAAUGAAGGCAUUUUGUCGGGUUCUGAGCAGCAUUCCUUUUUAGUUUCUGAUGCCAGUUUUUUGUGUUGAUAUGACGGAACUUUAAGCUCAUAACGAGGCAUCGUAAAACAAACCUGCAAAUGUAACAUUGGUAGAAAUUGAGAGGGCAUUUGCAUGUUAUUGUAAUGUGUACUUAAUGUGCAGUUACUUCAAUUUAUAGGCCUUACAUCACGCGAGUACAUCUGCUUCGUCUAACUUUGUGUGCGUCAACUCUGACGACACGCCGAUUAUAAAUUCAUGACGGCCUUGUCUCACGCUUUUUUUUCUUCUUCUUUUUUUUUCUCUCUCUUUGUCUCUUUACAUUGAAUGUAGUUUGAUAUAUAUGUAUAGUGGAAUAUUAAUGUACUGUUGAGAUGUGCUCAUUUGAUAUAAAGUGCAAUUUAUACUUUGGUUCAUGCGUGUAGCAUCAAAUGCUGCUUAACUAUCACACUACAGUGGUUUUCUUUAGCUUCGUUUGUUCAGCCGUGCGACCCUGUAUACCACUACCUGGAGACAUGGAGGAAUAUGUACACACAGACUUUUAAUUAAAUCUUAAUUUACAGGA